UCCUUGUCAAUUUUUGGUUGGAGUAUCAUCUCCUCCUCUGUAUUCUUGAGGCAAAACCAAGUCGAAGACGGAACAAAAGCAAGCGCUAUAAACUCUGUUUGUCAAUGGCUGCCACCAAUAAGCCUGAAGAUGUUGUAACUAUCGAUGUUUAUACUGCAAAAGGUCUUCUCACUUCAUCAAAUUACCGUUAUUUGGAUGUCAGGUCAGUUGAGGAGUUCAACAAGAGUCACAUUGAAAAUGCUUUAAACGUUCCUUACAUGUUCAUCACCCAAGAAGGGAGAGUGAAAAACCCAGAAUUUCUCGAACAAGUUUCCUCAAUUUGCAAGAAGGAAGAACACCUCGUUGUGGGUUGCAACAGUGGAGGCAGAGCACUUCGUGCUUGUGUGGAUCUUCUCAAUGCUGGUUUUGAGCAUGUGAAUAAUAUGGAAGGGGGUUAUUCCAGAUGGGUGGACAGUGGAUUUGCAGGUGAUAAACCACCAGAAGAGUUGAAAUUAGCAUGCAAGUUCCGACCCUAAGCGUCUUCAAGAAAAUAA